AUGGAUCAGGAGUUCAAUGCCCUUAUGCAUAACAACACGUGGCAACUCAUCCCGGCAUCUCCGAAUAUGAAUAUUAUCGGCUGCAAAUGGGUCUUCCGUACCAAGCGCAAGGCCGAUGGGACCGUUGAACGCUACAAAGCCCGAUUAGUGGCAAAGGGGUUCAAUCAGGUCGCUGGUGAAGACUUUUUUGACACCUUUAGUUCCGUAGUCAAGCCGACUACUGUUCGUAUUUUGUUCUCUCUUGCAGUAUCAGGCAAAUGGGUGUUGCGGCAGCUUGAUGUCCACAACGCCUUCUUGAAUGGUCGUCUAUCCGAAACAGUAUACAUGAAGCAAACUCCCGGCUACGAGGACCCGUCUCAUCCAGGUCACGUCUGCCACUUGCAACGUUCCUUGUAUGGUCUCAAACAGGCACCCCGAGUGUGGUUCAACCGCUUACACGAGUUUCUGACAUCUACUGGUUUCUUGGCAUCCAAAAUCGAUGUCUCACUCUUUUACUAUACAGCGGGCAACUCACGGGUCUACUUAUUGGUCUACGUAGACGACAUAAUCAUGAUGGGCAACGACUCGGCAUUGAUUGAUACUCUUCUCAGCCAGUUAUCAACAGCCUUUAAAAUCCGUGAUCUUGGGGUACCUCACUUUUUCCUAGGGAUAGAAACAGUGUCUUCCGGUGAUGGGCUUAUCUUAUCUCAGCGGCGGUAUAUGAAAGAUAUCCUGACGAGGUCAGGAAUGACGGACUGUAAGGCUCUAGCUACUCCAGCGGUUGUAACGCAACCGGCCACGCCCUCCUUAACCUCUUUUGAAAACCCGACUCAGUAUCGUAGGAUUGUAGGGGCUCUACAGUAUCUAACCAUCACCAGGCCUGAUCUCUCCUACUCGGGUGUUACACCCAUGGACGACCACUGGGCUCUACUCAAGCUUGUGCUGAGGUACAUUAAGGGCACUCAGGACUACGGGCUUCGUCUGUCAGUGUCUUCCUCUUCCGAUCUUCAUGCUUACACUGACUCAGAUUGGGCUGGAUGUCCCGUCGACCGCAAGUCUACUAGUGGUUACGCCGUGUUCUUAGGUGAAAAUCUUGUUUCAUGGGUCUCCCGCAAACAGCGUACUGUCUCCAGGUCUUCCAUUGAGGCAGAGUACAAAGGGCUUGCUGAUGUUGCCGCCGAAGUCACGUGA